AUGUCGCCGACAGAUGAAGAGAUGGCCCAGGGUGAUGGAGGGAUGUGGAUGGAGGAGCGUUUGAUGUCUGCAAACCAACCGUUCAGACAACUGCAGGUGUUGUCCAAUGGGGAGCCGUGUGUCCUCUUCCAGGCCAGGAAGCUGUCUCUCCGCUACGAGAAGCAGAAGCAGCUGGACCUGACGGAGAGAGCCUUUUCUCCUCAGAAACCUGUCGACACCAGUCAGUCUGUCUGCCGCCAGGACAAGGCCACGCUGAUCAUGAGGUUUGGAGAUGUGGAGGAUUUAAAAGGCCUGUCCAUCAGACUGCAGCUGUCCAACACUUUCUACGAGUCUUCGGACCAGUGGUGGUUCUCGGUGGACAGCGUCUCCCUGCUCUACAACACCUCUGAGGAGGCCGUGUUCAACGCCAGCGACGUGUACGCUCCAGCCUCCUCGUCCUACCACUGCCUCCACGUCAGCAGCCUGCAGCGCUACAGCGCCCUGCUGCUGCCCAGCACCGACCCUGCCCGCCGCUGGACCGUCACCUUCACCAACUUCCAGAUCCAGGCGUUCAACGUCACCGCCGGUAAAUUUUCUCCGGCGAGCGUCUGCGCCACCUUCAUGACGCCGGCCAUCCUGAUGGGCCUCGUCACGUCCCUCAUCCUGCUGCUGGUCCUGGCCUACGCGCUGCACAUGGUCGUCCACCUGAAACACAUCGAGCACGACGACGAACGCAAGGCCGACGAACACAAGGCCGACGUCUACUUCCCCCAGAGCCCCGAACGGCCGGAGCGCUGCUGCCUGGAAGGCGACGCGGAGAAAAACAUACUGUAG